CUUUGUUCUUUGUUAUAAACGCGACGGGCAAGUGGCAUCUAGCAUCUUUCCUCUCUACAGUCAUCUUUUGGGACCAUAUCGUGUACAAUAUCCUUCAUGGUAAACUAUGAGUCGGAGUGCCCACAAUGUGGCUAUUCCUCCAAAACCAAACUUCCUCCCAUCUCGUCCAAUAGUCCCCGUAUCGCCGAGUUAUGCCGCACAAACAAUCGUCCCACUCCAGAAGAAGAAAAGGAACUUAGAUCCUUCGUUGAGGAAGGGCAAUCUGUCCUCAAUCAUAUCGAAACUCGAAUUGCUUUGAUGAAGGCCUCACUGCAGGCCCUCGAAAAUGCCAGAGACCUCCUUCGACCCGUAGUCAUGCAGUACAAAGCGUCUCUCAAUCCGAUAAGGCGCCUGCCCUCUGACAUAUUGGGACGCAUCUUCUUCUAUGGUGUGGGUUAUGAUAAAGAUCCCGAGGAGUAUUUCGACUUUGCUUCACAAUCUUUGGACUUAAAUUCGCCUCCGUGGGUAUAUGGACGCGUCUGUCAUCGAUGGAAGGAUAUCAUUCACAACACGCCUUUUCUCUGGACACGAGUGAAGAUAGAGCUGUGUAAAAUACAAACUAAAACUUCCUCUAAUUUGCGUAUUCCUUUGACGCUCUCGCUCAUGUCAAUCUACUUUCGACGUUCAAAGGCGCUUCCACUCAUUAUCUACCUCGAUAUGUCCUCCGAUGAGUCAUCGCUCUCUGUUUCUAAUCACAUCAUUUAUAUCUCCAACCUUAUCCUCACACACUCUUGGCGAUGGGAGCUGUUGGUUCUUUCUGGAGGGCAAGGAAUUGGUCCUGCUGCGAUUUCCGAGGACACCUUCUCAUCAUUGGAGCGGAUAGAGAUCCGGGAGUCGAAUUCACCAAGUACUUCAAGCUCGUUGGAUAUCGUAGCGCCGAAAUUGAGGGCAUGGUCAACAGUGGGAAAUACAUGGUCAAAUCCUGUCAAAACUAUGCCGCCGAGCUCGUUCUAUCACCAAAUCACAGAAUAUUCUAUUUCAGCAGUAGCGUCCAGCGAGGUUCUGAAAGCUAUUUCACAGCUUCCAAAUCUCCGUAAACUCUCCGUGCGGUGUCUUUUGGUUGGCGAUGAUUCUCAAAGAUCAAAGGUUGUCCUCUACCUUCCCAAACUCGAGGAGUUUUCCAUUGAACAGAGGAAUCCGCUUGCGCUUUAUCCUGCUCUCGUGGAUCUUCUAGACUCACUUUCUUGUCCAGCACUCAUCCGUCUUACCGUCAUUGCCUCUGGAAUCGUCAGUGACGCAGUCAAACGAUUCGAAGAGCGGUCAAAUUUCCAACUUCAACAUCUAGUUGUCGGGAAAGAUGCGGAAAAAUUUGUGAACGGCCUGUUGAACUCACUUGUGCUCCGACGUAUACUGAUUAGGGGUGAUCACUCUCCCUCGUCCGUGCUCUUGGUGCUUCAUGAAAUUUUCGGAAUGUAUUCCCACAAGGCUCCACUGCCGAACCUUCGUGAAUUGCAGUUCCAUUGGAAUCCAUCCUUACCUCUUGUAGAUUUUGAUAUAAUGGGCACGCUCUAUUUUUGUGUUCACUCUCGAAUGAAGUGCUCAAACGCACUGGGAGUAAAACCGCUCAGUGUAUUCAUCACAGCACCUGAUGAACAAGCAAGGAGGAUGCUUAGCCACCCACAAUUGAGGGACAUUCAUUCAAUGGGAGCGACGGUCGAUAUCAUAGCUAUAUGACCCUACGACCCGCAGCUCUACCACCAUGCAGGGACCCAGUCAAGGUGUACCCAUAUCAGAAGAAUGGAGAAAGGCAACAGACGAGGAUAUUACUUAUUUGUUUCCAUGACUCCCCGCGCCUUAGUACUUAG